AUGCUGGAGGUGAUGGCGCUGUUGCGGUGGAUCCACACCGCCACGGGCCUGCUAUUUUCUUCCCUCUUGGCCUGGAGACUCGUGCAAGAGCCGAACUACCAGUGGCAGGUGCCCAACAUAAUCGUUGGAUUUCUUGUGGCGUCCAGGCGACUCCCGCUGUUUCUUUCUGCGGGUCUCCUGGUGUGGGCGGCAGUUUUUGUUUCGGGAGUCCCACGAACCGAUAUCGAGCUCGUCAACGUCGGAUGGAAUGUCUGCGGGAGUUCGGCCUUCUUCUCCGGACUUCUAGGCUGUGUCAUCGCAGCCUUGUCCUCGAGAGUGGGGAGGAUACUUUUUGUGGCUUUUCUGGCCUGGGUCGUUCACGUACUGUCGCGUUUCCUUCCUGUCAUCGUGGCUCAGGAGAACAUACCGCGCUUCCGCCCUGAAGCUGCCAUUCCAGAGACUCCACAGCUGCGUAUGCAGCUCUGCAGCGAAAGCUCUCAGGAGGCAGAAACCUGGCGCAAGCAAAUCGGGGUCGUUUGCGAGCCGAUAGUGCCUUUGACUUGGGAGGAGGCAGAGGCUCGAGCUGCUGUGACUUUGGCCAACAUGACCCGACAAGAGCGCCACAGCCUGAUGCAGGGAAUUGGUUGGAUUCCAAUGCCUUAUGGGUUGCCAGCACCGCUCCCGGCCAUUCCAGCCCUUGGGCACUACAUGGGCAAUCUUCCUCCCAUCCCUCGUCUUGGUGUGCCGCCGCUGAAGCUCCAUGAUGCUGGCAACGGCUUCCGGAACAUGCCUGGUCCGCAGGGCAAAGCUGGAAGUACGGUCAUGUGGCCCUGCUCACUGGCAUUGGGGGCUUCCUGGGAUGUGAAGCUGGUGCAGGAGGUGGCGGCUGAAAUCGGUCGAGAAUAUCGUGGCAAAGGCUCCAAUCUUAUCCUGGGCCCAAGCGUUCAGGUGCAGCGGGUGGCCCGCAAUGGUCGAAACUUCGAGUACAUGUCUGGGGAGGACCCCUACCUUGGCGCAAAGCUUUCUGCAGCCUAUGUGAAGGGUGUCCAGGGCCAGGGUGUGAUGGCCUGCUUGAAGCACUUCGCCUUCAAUGAACAGGAGACAAACCGGAUGACGGAAAGCUCUGUGGUUGACGAGCGGACUGCUUGGGAGCUCUACUAUCCUCCAUUUGAGGCUGGCAUAGCCGCAGGAGCAGGCUCCGUGAUGUGCUCCUACAACCGUGUGAACGGGACCUACGCGUGUGCGAAUGAGGAGCUGCUGACCCGUGACUUGAAGCAGAAGAUGGGCUUCAAAGGCUUCGUGAUGACAGACUGGUGGGCACUCCAUGACCCGGCCGAGAUGUCGGUAGUGAGGGGCUUGGACAUGGAGAUGCCGGGGGCAGGUGCCGAAACGUUCUUAUUUGCAGACAAGCUCGAGGCUAUGGAGGAGCACAUGGGCGGUGUAUUCAAGGGCUAUGCCAAUUUGAAAAGAGAAGAUUUGUACAAGGAGCCGGCCCGACGAAUCUUGACAGCUGCGCACAAGAUGCGUUUCUUUGAAGACGUGCCAUCUUGCACUCCUGGCCUCGACUGUGCUGGGCCGAUCUACUCUGACCAGCGGAGCACUAAGAACCUGGCUUUGGCACGGCGGGCGGUGCGAGAGUCGAUUGUGCUUCUGCAGAAUAAAGGAAGUCUUCUUCCACUGACGGCGAAUGCAAAGCUAGCUCUGAUCGGCGAAGCUUGGGUGGCUCCGAGUCGGAGCACGGAGGAGCUGGGCAUGUUUGGCGACUACUACAGUGGCGGUGGAUCAGGGCACUGCUACCUCCCAGCAGACAGGUUCAAAACUCCCCAUAUGACCGUCACAGCGUACACAGAUGCCCAUGACAUCUACACCACCAGCUCCCUGAGCAAUAAUGUCACCGAGGCAUUGUCUGUGGUGUGGGAGGCGGACAUCAUAGUCGUCCUUGCUGCGACAACAGCUGAAGAAAGCCGAGAUCGUCCAUCUCUGCAUCUAGACAAUGGGGCUGACGAGCUGGUCGAUGCUUUGUCGAAGGUGGGUAAGCCCAUAGUGGUUCUCGUGCAAGCUCCUGGAACCGUGGUCUUGCCCUGGCGAGAGGCCGUCGACGCAGUUGCUCUCAUGUUCCUUGGGGGAGAGUUCACCGGAGCCGGAUGGGCCAGGCUGCUGUUCGGAGAAGUCUCCCCAUCAGGAAAGCUCCCACUCAUGAUUCCGAAGCAUGAGAAGUACACGAUCGAGCCUGGACAAGAGCCUGACGUAGUGUAUGGUGAAGGCCUUUUCACUUCCUACCGGGCGCCUUCUGCAUCGGAAGCAGCAGCGUUCCCUUUCGGGCAUGGUUUGUCCUUCACCGAGUUUGCAAUUGCUGCACCAGAGCCGUACGAAUGCGGGAUGCCUCUUUGCGUGUCGUUAACGGUGACCAACAUCGGGACAAGAUUCCCUGGUGCAGAGGUGGUGCAAGCAUAUUUCGAGUUUCCACCCGAGGCUCAGGAGCCGAGGCUGUUGCUGAAGGGCUUUCACAAGACCGCAGUCUUGAAGCCAGGGGAGUCCGAGAAGGUCGAGCUGAGCUUCACGGUGCGGGAUUUCUCCAUCUACUCCACUGCACUGGGUGAUUGGGUCCUGCAGCCCAGUGUCCGGAUCCAUUUGGGCGUCUCUAGCGCUGACUUGCGGCACUCCCUUGAUGUGCCACUUGCGACUUCCUAG